AAGAUCCCCCUCCCCCAUCCACUGUAAGCAUGUCAACAUGACAUUGCUGGCACUGGGAUUUUGACGCGGGUGUAAUGCUACUUAGAGCAUUUUAACUGGGCGGGUGUUUCAACUGUAAUCAUGCUGCACAGCACAAGCCUCGCCGCCUGCCUGGAAUGCCCGCUCCUGCCGCACAUACUCACCGCCUGCCGGACCCGCCGCCUGCUGCCUGGACCUGCUGAGAGCACCAUCACCUGCCACACAGACCCGCUGAAAGCACAGCUGUCUGCCGCACGGACAUGCCGAGAACACAGCCGCCUGCCGCACGGACAUGCCGAGAACACAGCCGCCUGCCGCACGGACUCGGCGAGAGCACCAUCACCUGCCACACAGACCCACCGAGAGCACCAUCACCUGCCACACAGACCCACCGAGAGCACAGCCGUCUGCCGCACGGACCCGCCAAGAGCACAGCUGCCUGCCGCUCGGACCCGCCGAGAGCACCAUCACCUGCUGCACGGACCCGCCGAGAGCACAGCCGACAUCUGGACCUGCAGAAGGGCAAGAUUUGCUUCCAGCACCAGAAAACAUCUCUAUGGUUUCUGUCAACCUUAAACAUAUUCUGCAUUGGGACCCGGUAUUUGUCGUUGGCGGGAAAGUAACCUACGCUGUUCAGACACAAGGGGAAUUUGAAAGUAUUUACGUCCCUGAGCGUUGGCAUCAUGUGGAGCAGUGCCAGUCUACCUCUGCCCUCCAGUGCAAUGUAACAGAAGAUGUGGCUGCUAGUGUCGUCUACAGAUUUAGGAUCCGAUCAGAGCUGGGGAACCAAACAUCUGCUUGGGUACAACUUCAACCACCAUUCCACAGGAAUACAUCUCUCCUGAUUCCACCAAAGCUAAAACUCGAUUCCAUUGGCCUCAACCUGAUUGCAAAUAUUGAAGAUUAUGGAUCAUCAUUUGAGUUUUUUGUUUUUUACUGGCAGAAAGGAAAGGAGGACGAGGUGAAAAGUAUAAAAACAAGCAGACACACCACAUCCACUUUUGUCACCAAGGUAGAGGGAGGGUACGAUUAUUGUGCCCGGGUCAUUGCUUACGCAAUUCCCAUCACCAAGAACAGCAGCAGCAGCAGCGACCGGGUGUGUAUCCAUGUGCCAGACCUUACCCGUUUAGCUCUAUACAUAGCACUUCCCUGUAUGUUCGGAGUGCUCCUUAUAUGUGUGCCUCUGGUCUGGGGAGGCUGGAAAGUCCUCAGUGCCAUGCGAUACUCCUGCUGUCCAGAUGUGGAGAUUCCUGAUGUGCUGAAAGAACCCAACGCUCGAAAAAUGGCCAAUAUCAAUUAUUCCAGACAGGAGAAAUGUGAACAGACCAACAUUGCUGAGCUUCAUGAACUCAUUUUCUCCCAGGAUAACAGAUAUUCUUUUACAGUUAGAAAACCCCAAAUGACAUAUUGUCAAAUUUGGGAUAAAUAACAUCUGUGGUUAGCGGACACCAGUGUUCUGGAACCCAGACGCUCUGAAGUCUUCCAGUUACAAAGCCUGCUGUACCACUCACUCUAUUCACAAAUGCUAAGGGAGGAAAGAUGGCUCAGAAGAUGCAACUUUACAAUAAAAAGAUUGUUGGAGAAAAGUGUAUUUUAUAAACAACAAAGAAGCUGGAAUAUAUGGAGAUAAACUGUAUUUAUACUGUAUAUAAUUAAUACUGUAUAUGUGCGUAACCCACGUUUUUGUUAGUGUCUUUCCUUCUAAAGGUCCGUACGCCCUAGGAGAUUUUGUAAGUAAUAUCGCUCAUUUUUUUUACCCUCCUGAGCGAUAUCUUUACAAUAUCGCUUAGUGUGUAUGCUGCUGACGACUGGAGAUGCGUGCUCCUGGGGGGUGAUUAACGACUCCCUUUGUCAUCUGUACAUGCAGCUCAAUCUAACGAUAUUGACAGAUGCUGCAUGUUCGGGCCGGCCACGGCAUGACGUCUCUGUGUGAUAUCGCACAGUGUGUAUGCUCACUGCCGGAGGCCGGGCCUAGGAGAGGAAACACUAGGCGAUUUUUUUUAAAUGGUCAAAACUCCUGUAAUUUAUAGUUAUUUUAGUUCCUUCAUAGCUAUUAAAAUCAUUAGUGUCCAAUUAUAGCCAUUUACUGUCAAUUUUAUAAAUGAACACCUCAAAACUUUCAAUAUUUUAAAAUUUCAUCAAUAUUGUCCAAAUCCUGCAGGGAGCUGGCUGUCUAAACGUAGUGAUAGGGGUGGUAUUCAUGUGACCGCCGGUCAGCUGACCGACAGUCACAUGAACUCCUCCACGAGCCCGACGGCUCACUUUCCCGAUGGUCGGCAUGCCGACCAACAGGGACUAUUUCCACUCGUGGGUGUCCACGACACCCAUAGAGUGGGAAUAGAACCCGUGGCGACCGCAGAUCGCCACCGAGCCCGCAAGGGGCUUGCUGCACUCGCCCCUCCCCGCCGGGAUCCCGGCGUCGGUAAGCUGACCGGCGGUCAGGAGACCGCCGGUCAGCCAUACUACACCCAGUGAUAGAGCGGCCUAACAAACACACAGCAGACACGUCACCUAUACAACACAACAGAAAUAAAUAGGAGCCAGGUCCUUUUGUGCAAAACACAGACAUUAAAUGGUGGCAGAUUUAGACGCCAGUUCAUUAAAAAAGUAGGUAAUGAUGAUGGUGAAAAGGACUGCAUUAAAAAUAGAUAGAGGGCCACACAUAUACUGUAGGUAUUUAUGUUAUUUCUGUUCCUCUUUCUUUGUCUAUAUUAUGUAUUAUAUGUAACAUUUGUGUAAAUUUUUUCUUCUCACGUAUUAUACUGUAAAUUCUGAUGUAAUUUACUAUUUUUAAUGGAAUCACACUCAUACGAUUGCAUUUGUUGUAAUAUACU